AUGAUGAUCCCGGUCAUCAAGGUCCAUCAUUCCAACAUGGCUGAACAUGGCACGUCCGCCGGUACUCCUGGGGAGUGGGCUGAGCUAGCCCUCGAGAUUCCAUAA